AUGCCGAGCACUGGUGCAAAAUGGAGAGUGGGUUUUUCCAGUGGCCUCAGGCCUUCUCUGCCUACUCAGUUUAUAUAGCCUCAUUUCCAUGAACAUUUCAGACCCAGGCACCUUACACAGAGGCGCCUUCGAGAAGGACACUGAGGCUCCAUAUAUGGCACGAGUGAAUGGCAGGUUAUACCACAUGCCGUGGUGUCCCAUCUGUUAUUUUCACCGCCUGCCUCGAACCUUCCACUGCAAAAGCUGUGACAUCUGUGUGGAAGAGUUCGACCACCAUUGCAGUUGGGUGAAUAACUGUGUGGGGCACCGAAACAUCCGGCUCUACCUGCUACUCCUCGUGACCCUGUGCCUCUAUCUGGGUACUGUGCUGGCCACCUGGGUGCUUUUCAUCAUAUGCAGGAAGCACAUGGCAUUUCUGGACCAAACCAUGACGUAUCCACAGGGUCCCAAGGACCCACACUGGGAAGAGCUGUUGUUCAUCAAGGCAGUGGCGGUGGGCACUGCCAGGCGACCCUAUGAGGAUCAG